AUGGCAUCGAAAUAUUUGUUUGUGCUUAUAUUCCUCCUAUUUUUAUCCCGUUUUUUACACGGCACUCGUCUUUUAAAAUUCACCAAUGUCAAGUGCAUGGAUCUACCAACUUCGAGGGGUUUUACAAAAUAUGAAUAUUGCCGCCUGAAAGUGAUCCGUAGGAAUCACGUAGAGCUCUCCCUGAAGGUCAGUCUCCUGCAGCUUCCGAUCCGGAACUUGACAGCCCGACUGCAAUGCUUCCAAAGACGUGAUGGGUAUCGUCCUUUUAUGUACAAUAUACUCUUUGAUUUCUGCAAGCUGAUGAGCAGUGCCAAUUAUGCUAUAUCCUUCGAACGAUUUAUAUUCGAUUCUAUACGAAAGCAUAGCAACUUUAAUCAUUCUUGUCCAUGGAAGGAAAACCAUAUGACGGUGGAGAAGUUCGCCCUGGAGCUAGACAAGAUCAAUAUGCCGGUACCCUCUGGCACCUACCGCUUGGAUUUCACCUUUUAUGCCUAUGGUAUUGCUCGAACAUUGACACAGGUGUUUUUCGAGAAAAUCGACUAA